AUGCUGACCAUAGUUCUAAGCUCCAACUGGGCGCGGCGGUUCAUGCCCAAUGUUUUCAUUUGCGGCGAGGAGACUGUGCAGAUGCCAACCGUCCCUCAAUACGGGCAGUCACCGUUCCUGCAGGGACUUAACGCCGUCUCCAUGGCCAUCGCUGCAGGACACAUGGGCACUUCCGCGGAUCGCGAAAGGAGGGCAGCAACUUCGGGGUCCGCAGCGCAGAGGCAGUGGAAAGCCAACAUGGGCAACAGCCUCGCCGCUCAGUCUUCUGAGGUCGCCACUAUCUACCCGCCCGAGUACAGCAACUUGUCUCGAAUUGGCCACAGCGUGGUGAACAAGCUCAUGACGCACUGGGUAGAGAAGGGUGCGGUCUGGGACGUGUGGCAGGACGCGCGGUUCUCGAGCGAUUGGAUCGUACAGCAUCCUCCAGCGGAGGCGAUUGGCCAGCCGUCCGGCCGACUUGAAGUACCAGAGUACUGUGACGAAGACGAUGGAAGUCGCGCUUGCGAUAAAGAUUACCAUCUCUAUUUAUGUGAGACUGACGAGGACUGUAAGCCGAAGCCGCUCUGCCCGGAUCAGGGGGCGGGCAGCAACUACUUCACGUGCGAAGGCACGCCCAAGAUGCUCUGCGCCGGGCACUCGCGCCAUCUGUACGAGAAAAUGUACGACAUGAUCACAAGGGCGCAUGCGUUCGUGGAUGUUACAUCGCUCGACUCGCCUGAUACCGUUGGGUGGUACGAUAUUGACGACAGCUGGUCGACAGGGUGGGGGACGCAGCUUGGUCACGGCUACCAGUUCACCGCUGCGUUUCGUGACGCCCUCACGUUCCUCGCCAAUGAUGGCAGGAGUGUCACCGUAAAGCUGCUGUUUGGCAGCGUCCCCCUCAGCAACGAGAACACGCGGCACAUCCUGGAAACGCUCACUCGUGAUAUGCCAACCAGUGGUCACGGCGUGACGGUACACGUUGGCACGUACCGAGUCUGGGCGGACUCGUGGAAUCACGGGAAGAUAAUCGCAGUAGACGGCCAGUAUUUGCUCCAAGGCGGCUCCAACUACUACGCGUUUGACUAUCUGAUGGAGGACCCAGUGAUGGACGUCUCAAUGGUCAUCGAAGGAGGUGCUACCGUCACUGCUCACCGCUACGCCGCCAAGCUGUGGCAGUCAACAUGCAGGCUUGGUGUGAACAGGGCGGGAGGCAACGACGCUGCCGAUUUUGCGUUCCUCGCUCUGAUGGAGUCAGCUCAGACUAGCCUCAAAUUCUCACAGCAAGACAUGUUGCCCGUGAUCUUCAGCGGGAUCAGCGGAUCGGUGAUUUCAGCUAAUGUUUACGGCACCACAGGCUUCAUGGCUGACAAAGGGUUCGAAGACACUUGGAUGAUUAUCGGUGGCCUCGCUCGCGCUUUGGUGCGCGGGGUUGACGUGUACGUGCUGCUGAGUGCCCCUUGCUCCUUUGGCGCCAACGAUCCAGACGCGGCUGGUCUGGAUGGGGGGGAUAUGUGUCCAAUCGACGGCAGCCCGCCCAGUGGCUUUAAUCUGUGGAGCCAGAAGCGCAGCCGCGCGCGGAAACUGGGAGGAAAAGAUGCCUCAGAGACGUCGCUAACGCGCAAUCAUCGCCAGCUAACGUAUGGGUACGGCUGGACCCUUGAAAACACCGCCGAUUGGAUUUUUGCGUAUCUUGCAAUCCAUCCCGAAGAGCGCCCCCAGAGUGCCCAUGGCCCUGCUGCUUCAAACGAGCUCAUCAACCUCAUCUGUAAGCGUGCGCACAUCGCGCAUGUCCGUGUUGCCGCAAGCGAGGCCACCUAUGGCACAAGAGCCGACGGUACACAGGUGCGCACGACGCAAAUCGGCAAUCACGCCAAGGUGAUUAUGGCGGACGACAGCGCCUUUUACAUGGGCUCAAAUAACGCGUACGGCGCCGGACUCGCCGAGUUUGGACUAAUCGUAGACGAUGCGGAGAAGGCAAGGGAGUUGGACAACAACUACUACUCGCCCCUUUGGCAGCAAGCUAAGGCCGGUGCCGUCUCUGGCUCCGACGCCAUCGGUUUCGUGCCGAAUGUGGGCACGAACGUCAUCUGGAGAGGCUCUAACGCGUGUGUGGCGGUGACAAAAAACACAGUUUAA